AAAGGUGCGUUAAACACUUUGGGGGUUUGGAACGUUCAGAUAUAAAUAUACUAUGUAGAACAGGAAGCACGUCGGAUCUAUUCGUUCAUGUAAUUUCUAUUUGCAACGUUCGGUAACGUUUGGCGACUGAAAGUAGCCAGUAGUCCAUCCCAAAUUAAUGGAAAAGAUGGGUAUGGUACUGUCUAAAAUUAAAUGAGAAAGAUGCCACGUGGCAUGGACUCAACAUUAGACUAUUUCUGAAGUUUGCUAUUAUAGAAAGCAGGAAAGCAAAGGCUGACUUUUUCAAACAGAAAUGUGCAUCCUCUAGCUCUAACUCCAAAAAGUUUUGGGACACUGUAAAGACCACGGAGAACAAGAGCACCUCCUCCCAGCUGCCCACUGCACUGAGGUUAGGUAACACUGUCACCAACGAUAAAUCCAUGGUAAUUGAGAAUUUCAAUUUCUACGACUGGCCAUGCUUUCCUCCUGACUACCCCAACCUCGGCCAACAGUUCCGCACCCCCCACAGCUACUUGCCCAAGCCUCCCCAGCUUCUCAUUCACCAAAAUCCAGAUAGCAGAUGUUCUGAAAGAGCUGUAAAACCAUUACCUGUGCAAAUCAGCUGGGCUAGACAAUCUGGACCCUCUCUUUCUAAAGAGAGACCCCUAUUACCAGUCUGUUCAACCUCUCUUUCGUAUCGUCCGAGAUCCCUAAAGAUUGGAAAGCUGCCGCGGUCAUCCCCCUCUUCAAAGGGGGUGACGCUCGACCCAAACUGUUAUAGACCUAUAUCCAUCCUGCCCUGCCUUUCUAAAGUAUUCUUAAGCCAAGUUAAUAAAUAGAUCACUGACCAUUUUGAAUCUCACUGUACCUUCUCCGCUGUGCAAUCCGGUUUCCAAGCUGGUAACGGGAGCACCUCAGCCACGCUCAAGGUACUAAACGAUAUCAUAACCGCCAUUGAUAAAAGAUUGUACUGUGCAGCCGUCUUCAUUGACCUGGCCAAGGCUUUCGACUCUGUCAAUCACCGUAUUCUUAUCGGCAGACUCAACAGCCUUGGUUUCUCAAAUGACUGCCUCGCCUGGUUCACCAGCUACUUCUCAGACAGAUUUCAGUGUGUCAAAUCGGAGGGCCUGUUGUCCGGACCUCUGGCAGUCUCUAUGGGGGUACCACAGGGUUCAAUUCUCGAGCCGACUCUUUUCUCUGAAUAUAUCAACGAUGUCGCUCUUACUGCGGGUGAUUCCCUGAUCCACCUAUACGCAGACGACACCAUUCUGUAUACAUCUGGCCCUUCUUUGGACACUGUGUUAACAAACCUCCAAACGAGCUUCAAUGCCAUACAACACUCCUUCCGUGGCCUCCAACUCCUCUUGAACACUAAUAAAACUAAAUACAUGCUUUUCAACCGUUCGCUGCCCGCACCUGCCCAUCUGUAAAUAGCCCAUCCAAUCUACCUACCUCAUCCCCAUAUUGUUUUUAUGUACUUUUCUGCUCUUUUGCACAUCAGUAUUUCUACUUGCACAUCAUCAUUUGCACAUCUAUCACUCCGGUGUUAAUUUGCUAAAUUGUAAUUACUUCGCUACUAUGGCCUAUUUAUUGCCUUACCUCCUCAUGCAUUUGCACACAUUGUAUAUAUACUUUAAAAAAGGUUUUAUUCUAUUGUGCUAUUGACGCUUGUUUAUGCCAUGUGUAACUCUGUGUUGUUGUUUGUGUCGCACUGCUUUGCUUUAUCUUGGCCAGGUUGCAGUUGUAAAUGAGAACUUGUUCUCAACUAGCCUACCUGGUUUAAAUAAAGGUGAAAUAUAUUAUAUAUUUUUUUAAAGAUUGUUGUAUCAUGGCAUUUUAUUAUGGUUAAUUGAAUUCCUAUUGGAUAGCCAUUAGCAACAUUAUGAGCACACAUUGUAUAGAAAGGCUUUCAAGUAUAAAACCCAUUGUGAGUAUAGGCUUCCGAGUGGCACAGCGGUCUAAGGCACUGCAUCUCAAUGCUAAAGGUGUCAUUACAGACCCUGUUUUGAUUCCAGGCUGUAUUACAACCGUCCGUGAUUGGGAGUCUCAUAGGACUCCCAUAGGCGCACAAUUGGCCAAGAGUUGUCUGGGUUAGUGUUUGGCCGAGGUAGGCCAUCAUUGUAAAUAAUCAUUUGUUCUUAAGUGACUUGCCUAGUUAAAUAAAGGUUAAAGAAAAAAUUAAGUUGAACUAUAGUUGAUUUAACUGUAUUUGCUUUCCAAAUUCAGGUCUGAACAUUCAGGUCUGAACAUUUUAAAUACUAAUUUUAAAAAUCUUAUUGUUGUGAAUUUAUAUGUACAUUUGUCAUUUGCAUUGCAGCGCUUAAAUCGUUGCAGCUUCCCUCUUGCCUGGUAUGGAUUGUUGUUACUUUUUAUGAUCACUUUAUAAACAAUCCAUAACAGGCAAGAAGAAAGUUUCAUAAAAGAAGCCGACCAUAAACACACCAGACAUGUUACAUCAUUUCAAUGCCAAACCUGGUCUAACAGUGGAAACGGUUGGUCCCAAGAAAGCACCAAUCACUCAUUUCCAUUAGACAGUUACAUAGAUUAUCUCAUUGGCAAAGGAAACUCUAGUUGAAAGCCAUCCAUAUUUUGAGAGGUCAGCUCUGCAUAUUUUGAGAGGUCCGCUCAACACAACUCACAAGUGCUACUCCAACAGUCAGAGAUCAAGGUUUACUACCCAAAAUAGACUGUGAAAAUCCAAUUAAUGGCUUGAUCCACUGUAGCCUAAGCAACACACGCUUUAGGUUAGCAUGUCUGUUUUAAUCAACAGAGGAGCAUAUUGCAAGUAUGAACUUUUUUCACAUGCUGGAUAAGUACAGUAUAAGCAAGAACAAAUCAAAACCUGGAUAUGUUAUGUUUUUGUCACAAUCUUAUCAAAAGGAAUGACAUUGUCCCAAUAAUGCCUCAACCUGGGGACCUGAUUGAGAUAUUCCGGGGGACCUAUCAGCACUGGGCCUUGUAUGUUGGAGAAGGCUACAUCGUCCACCUCUGUCCCCCCACUGAGGCAGCUGGGGCUGGUGCCUACAGCCUAGUGUCUGUGUUGUGUGACACAGCCGUUGUGACCAAGGAGAGCCUGGAGGAGAUAGUGGGGAAGGACAGGUUCCUUGUCAACAACCUGCUGGAUGGCAAACACAAACCCCGGAGUGUUUAUGACAUACUGAGGGAUGCCCGCAGCCUGCUGGGCCUGGAGAUGCCUUACUGCAUCCUGAGGGGAAACUGUGAACACUUUGUCACAGAGCUGAGAUAUGGGAAGGGAGAGUCCCGGCAGGUAUAUUAUGCUCUGGGCCUAGGUGUUAGAGCAGUGGCGAUUGGCAUGAAGGCCCUGAAUGCAGCGUCAAACAUCUCUUGUGUGAAGUCAAAACAAAAGAGGAUACUCCUUUGAACCUUCGAGUCACCUUCCUCCGUCUACCUCUGGGGUGAAUGCAGAGACAGCGGAAUUUUUUUUUUGACAGGGGGUAUAAUUCCAGACAUUUGGUAGGCUAUUUGUAAGUCAAUUAGUCUAAAAUUAGACACAUGCAUUUUCUUUUCUGCCCUUCGCCUACUAGUUGCCCCCUAGGUGAGGGUUUCCCAAAAUUGGUCCUGGGGCCUCCCCUGGGUGCACAUUUUUU